AUGACUUCCAAAUUAUUACGGCCUGAAGGGUAUUGUCUCUGUGGCAUCAGGAAACACCAGUUAGCUAGGCUAAUGAUGGUAUGUACUACGCAGGAACUGUACUGGAAUGUCCAAAUUCGCAUGUGCCUAUUGUAUGACUUCAAAUUCGGGCUAAAGGCUACGGAAUCCGUCAAUCGAAUUAAUAUUGUAUUUGCCUGGGGGACCUUCACCAUUCGGUAUGCUCAGCGAUGGUUCAAAAGGUUUCGAGAAGAUGCCGAGGGUCUUGAAGACAUGCCUCGCCCUCAAUUGUGA